AUGGACAACAAUAGCUUGAAAGCAAAUAUCAAAGAUUUCCUUCAACAGCGAAGGUAUGUGCUUGUUCUAGAUGAUGUAUGGAGUAAAAAUGAAUGGGAUGCUCUAAAAUAUGCAUUGCCCGAUAACAAUAGUGGUAGCCAGAUACUGCUCACGACCCGCAUUGUUGAUGUAGCUUCUACGUCUUGUGUAGAAUCUCCUGAUCACAUCUAUACUAUGAAAUCAUUGUCCCCAGAACAGUCUUGGACUUUGUUCCGUAGGAAGACAUUCCAAGGCAACCAUUGCCCUCCACAUUUAGAGAAACUCUGA